GGGAAGUCCUUUUUAUAAACACAUCAGACAUAAUGAGCAAGGGCGGCAAAAAACAGCAUGCAAGAAUUAACAUAAGGCAAAUGACCAUGGAAGGAGGGGAACAGCAACAAGAUGGCAGUGCAGCAGACUCUGUGGCAGAAAGUGAUUCUGCCAAUUUACAGUCUCUGUCUGGCCAAAAUCAGAUUUCUGCUAUUGCUCAGGGAUCAACAACUGGAAGAGGAUCUCCCUCAGUAACUGUAGUGCAGUUGCCUUCUGGCCAAACAGUCCACGUGCAGGGAGUGAUUCAAGCCACACAGCCUUCAGUUAUUCAGUCGCCACAGUUGCAAUCUGUUCAGGUAGUAUCUGCAACCAGCGCAGAUGAAUCUACAGAAUCGGAGGUUGUAAUUGAUUCUCAGAAGCGUGGGGAAAUACUCUCAAGGAGGCCUUCGUACCGGAAAAUUCUGAAUGAUCUUUCUUCUGAUGCUCCUGGGGUCACUAAGAUUGAAGAAGGAAAGCCAGAGGAAGAAGGAGCACCCUCUGGCGUUCCCACCAUGGCAGUGCCAACCAGCCUUUACCAGACCAGCACUGGACAGUACAUUGCUAUAGCCCAGGGAGGAGCAAUCCAGAUAUCUAAUCCAACAUCUGAUGGCGUUCAGGGGUUGCAAACAUUGACCAUGACAAACUCAGGAGCUCCUCAGCCCGGUGCUACCAUUGUACAAUAUGCAGCUCAAACACCCGAUGGCACACAACAGUUCUUUGUACCUGGGAGUCAAGUUGUUGUCCAAGCUGCCACUGGCGACAUGCCAACUUACCAGAUCCGAACUCCAACCACUGCCUUACCUCAGGGGGUUGUCAUGGCAGCAUCCCCUGGAACGUUGCACAGCCCGCAGCAGCUAGCAGAAGAAGCGACGCGUAAACGGGAGCUACGGCUUAUGAAAAAUAGGGAAGCUGCGAAAGAAUGUCGGCGGCGGAAGAAAGAAUAUGUGAAAUGUCUGGAGAGUCGGGUUGCGAUGUUAGAAGUCCAGAACAAGAAACUUAUAGAAGAGCUAGAAACCUUAAAAGACAUUUGCUCUUCCAAGACAGACUAGUUGUCAAUAUUGAAACUGUGAACUGGCUACAGCAUGUACAGAUCCUCCUGCAGGCAAUGUCUAGUCAGCAAGAAUUAUGACUUCUCAGCUGUAUCAUUUGUCUUCUCCUUCCAGCCUCUCACAUUCCUGAAACACUUUGCUGCAUUUUUAUAGAUUCUUAGUUGACACUUCAGGUCUUUUUCUCCUUCAGAAAAGAGUUCGAUUUAAGGCAGUGUGUGUUCCGAGUCUUCAAAACGAAACAUUUGCAAGAGCUGCUCUUCUGCCCAAUAUUUGCAUCAGUUAAUUUUGUGUGUGUGUGUGUGUGUGCAAUUUUGGUAAUAUCCGACAUGCACCAGUAUUUUCAAGUGAUCAAAGAUAAUGCAUCUGGCACAAUAAAAUGGAAACUACCACCCAAAGUAUCUCAGGAAAGAGUUCUAUGUAUAAAUAUAAAGUAUGUGAUGACAUACAUGUAUUAGAAUACUAGUUUACAAAUGACUUUAUGGCAUAUUUUUAUAUUCAUUGCUUUGUGAAGAGAGUAUUGUAUUGCUGUCACUGACUGCCAUGGUUGAAACUAGUUUUUUUAAAUAGAACCAUGUUGGUUAA